GACAGCAAUCGGGAGUAGACAAGCCGAGAGACGAUGAAGACUGGGGCCGUGAGUAUUUUGUGUAACAGUUACUUUGGUCGCAAGAAUGGCGAGAGACAAGACAAUCGUACAAGAAACCAGGAUGGAGGCAAUAGGAACCCGAGACAGCAAUCGGGAGUAGACAAGCCGACAGACGAUGAAGAAUGGGGCCGUGAGUAUUUUGUGUAACAGUUACUUUGGUCGCAAGAAUGGCGAGAGAACAAGACAAUCGUACAAGAAACCAGGAUGGAGGCAAUAGGAACGCGAGACAGCAAUCGGGAGUAGACAAGCCGAGAGACGAUGAAGACUGGGGCCGUGAGUAUUUUGUGUAACAGUUACUUUGGUCGCAAGAAUGGCGAGAGACAAGACACUCGUACAAAAAACCAGGAUGGAGGCAAUAGGAACCCGAGACAGCAAUCGGGAGUAGACAAGCCGAGAGACGAUGAAGACUGGGGCCCGAAACCCGAGCAAAAAUCCGAGGAGCCCAAGCCCAAUUUCGGCUUCAAGCCAAAAGUGGGCGCCGUGUCCAAGGAGGAGCCCAAGGUGCAGCCUCAGGUCGCCAGCACUCCUCCCGCCGCCGCUCCCAAGCCCGCUUUGGUGCCUAAGAACUGCAUUAUCGACCUGCUGCCCGUCAACGACACCUUCAUCCUCUCCGUCGACUCCACCGCCGAGAGCUGCGACAGCGGCAGCGGCUUCGUCUGCGUCACCAUGCACGGGGACUACUCGGACAACUACGAGCGCCUGCUGGACCCGUUCGGACAGGCUUGUGAAGCCAGCGAGGCCAUAGAGUGAG